CUGCAUCUCCGUGUCCUGGCCGUUUCCGCUGUCCUUGCUGGCAUCAGCUCCGCGCAGUCACUGGCCGGGCUUCCAAGCUGUGCUACCACUUGCGUGACCGACUCCCUGCCAGCGUCUUGCAACCUCGACCCAUCAUGCAUCUGCGCAUCUGACUCUUUCAUCAACGGCAUCGCCUGUUGCGUCUUCAACGCCUGCGAUACCAGUGAUCAACAAGCUGCUCUGACCUAUGCGCACGGCAUCUGCGAUCCUGUCGGUGCAUCAUCCCGCCUGGUACGUUCU